AUGGCUAUUGAACGCUGCAUCGUCAACCUUGUCAAGAAAUACAAGUAUUUCGAACGAUUUGAGGAUGGCUGGCCGAUUCGAGACAUGAUCACGACCAAGCUGCAGAAUGUGAAGUAUAGCAUUGACGUAGCUCACAAGGCAGAAAUGGGGGAAGAUCACGAUAAUUCGGACUCGAUCACUGCUGUCGAAGAUGUCGAUGAUACUACUUCCCGAGAUGAUAGUGAAGACGAAGAGAUGCAUACAGGGGGUGGUUCGGUGGGGGGCCGCAGUGAAGAGCAAGGUCCGCCCAAAGUCGACUCCUUUCUCGCAGCGUCAGCUGUUCGAGCAAACAGAGAAACCAAGGUAGAGAAGGCGCACAAGAAGGGGGGCUUCACAGAUGCACUGUAUGACGCUGCCAGGCUUGAGAGACUUUGCCUGGCGUCGCGAGAGCGGAUCGAGGCGGUCUUAAAUGCAAAGGAACGGUCUUUCAUCUGGAAAUGCCUGGAAGAAGAGGUCAGGCCAGUCACCUGCCUCGCAUCUCGGGACUACCCCGUGGUGCUGGGCACGGAGGUGCUCGAUUCUGUGAAUGUCAUCACAGCGGCUGAUUACUUUGGCGAGGAUGGCAAGAAUGUCCUCGCUUCUACCCUCGCUGAUAUGUUUCCCGCCGACGAUAUGGAUCCUUAUCUAAUCGCGCCAUUUAGGGCGCGGUCCUUCGUCACUCUGUUCCUUAUGCCGGAGCUUGUCAUAGGGAUUCUCUGCAUAAUGCACGGCAUCUCGCAGGAACAGGCCUUCGACCUGAAGAUCAGCGGAAUGGGCAUGAGAGAGACUCGCCACAAAGUAAAAGAGGAACUAUCCAGCAAUCAGAAGUCAAGCACAAAGACAUCUGACGAAACAGCAAGACGACUCCUGGUUGGCGGGAAGCGUACUCAAGAAAAUGACGAUGGCGGUAGUGAAUCAGUGGUACGUUUCGAAGCGUGUAGUUUCAUGUCUAACGAUUUGGCUGGCAUCAGGGCGUUAUGCGAUUACAUAAACGACCGUACUUCAGGGUUUCUGACGCUGAAAGUCGAAGAGUGA